UUUUGAUGUAUAAAUAGACAAUAAUCAGCAGAAAUUAAUUUUAGUUUGCAUUGAAAUGUUGCGUCAAGCUUUGAUUCUUUGUGCUUUGGUUGCUGUUGCCUUUGGAGGAACCCUCAGAAAUUCAGACUUCCAGAGUCGAAUUGUCGGUGGUGCACCAGCUGUUGAAGGUCAAUUCCCAUACCAAAUUUCACUCCGUACCUUCCCAGCAUUGGGACAUUUCUGUGGUGGUUCAAUCAUCAGUGAACACUGGACACUCUCAGCUGCUCAUUGCACAAUCAACAGAACUCCAGCAAAUACACGAAUCGUUGCCGGAACAAUCUUGUUAAAUGGCGGUGCUAAUCCAAUUUUACGUGAAGUCAGCAGUAUCGUUAAUCAUCCAGAAUAUGACAGUGUAAACAUUGCUCAAGAUGUUUGCGUCGUCCGAGUAACUGUUCCAUUCGUUUGGUCACCAAAUGUACAACCAAUUCGUGUUGGAAAUGAAUUUAUUGGUGGUGGAGUUACAGCUGUUGUUAGUGGAUGGGGUGGAAUUUUAGUCACAGGAGGUGCAGCACCAAACAACCUUCAAUGGAUUGCCAAGCAAACAAUUACUAAUGCAGACUGCCGUACCCGUAUGGGAGUCAAUAAUGAGAGAUUCGUCGUUGACAGCAAAAUCUGUACAUUUACACAAGCUGGACAAGGAAUUUGUCAAGGAGACAGCGGUGGCCCAUUGACAGCUGGUGGAUCAGUCAUUGGUAUUGUCUCAUGGAACAUUCCAUGCGCACGUGGAUUCCCUGAUGGAUUUGAUCGUGUUUCACACUGGAACAGUUGGAUUAAUGAUAAUGCUCGUGAUUAAAUGAUGAAUAAAGAUGAAAAUUUUAUGAUUUUUUGUUUUGAA